UCAUGCUGCUGCCAGGUCCAGAGUGUCUCAUGGGUCCCUGUACGGCCUCCCAUUGCUGCUGUCUCCAUCGCCACACUCUGCCAUGUGCCACUUUCAGGUCUCCUCACACUGCUGGUGUGUUCCAUUUUUUGUCAUAGGGUGCUGGCAGAUUACGGGCCCCAUAGCUGCUGCCAGGCCCCUAAUCUGCCAUGGGCCCCUGUACCGCCUCCUCAUGCUGCUGCCAGGUCCAGAGUGUCUCAUGGGUCCCUGUACGGCCUCCCAUUGCUGCUGUCUCCAUCGCCACACUCUGCCAUGUGCCACUUUCAGGUCUCCUCACACUGCUGGUGUGUUCAUUUUUUGU